AGAGAUGUAUUCGUGGUCACAGAGUAACCACCUGCACCCACACUGAUCAACCCUUGGUGAUGAUUAAACCAAAGGGCAGACCUUCGACUCAAUGUCCUCAUUGCAAAUCGUCCAGGAAAUUGAAAAACCAUCAUGCUAAUUGCACCUGUGCGAAGAAAAAUAAGUCCUCGACGUCGUUGAAAAAGCUCGAAAAGUCUGCUCUUGAAUCUUCUCUCAUGGAUUCGGAUUGCUCCUGUGGCAAGGGUCUUAAAUGUGUUUGCAAAGCCAGAAAGAACUCCUCUAAACCAAAGAAAAAAAUCAAAAGUGCCACCAUCAACUCGGUCAACUCAGUCAAUUCUUUCACGUCUCUCAACUCGCUUAAUAAUCCCAACAUCAACAAUACCAAUCCCAACACAAACUUGAUCUCAAAAAAUUCUUCGUCUUCCGCUAACCUAUUAUCCUUCAAUAAUAAUAACUUCAACAAUUUCAGUAUUCAAAACAACGUCUCCCCCAACAUCAUCCCAAAUAACAAUGAUUACUUCAGCUUGAAUUUCAAUAAUUCAACCUCAAUGUUUCCUUCAAAUAGCUUGAACUUGCCUCUAACACCAACGUUUAAUGAUUGGGAUUUGAACUUAAAUCCUAGUGAUUACUCCCAAUCUUCAAACCUAAACCCUUUUAACGCCUCUAUCUCUGCUUCAAAUUCAAUAGCUUCAUCUUUAAACCAAUUAGCUACAAACCCUUCUCUUUUAUCCCCAGUAAACCACUCCCAUUCCCACUCCCACUCUCAUAAUCAUACCCAUAACAAUAGUAUAUCCAGCUUGCACAAUAAUUCCAAUGCCAACACAAACAAUACCAACACUAAUUCAAAUAACAAUUCUUCAAACAGAUAUUCCUACAACUCUCAAAGACCGAUGACCCCUGUGUCAUUAUCAAGUAACCAGAUUAUUCAUAAUACCAACAAUCUAGCCAAUAUUGCCAGCAUCUCCAAUAUUCAUAACCUGAAUAACCUUAACAUGAACAAUAUUCACAAUCCAAAUAAUCUCAUGAGUAUUAAUAGCUUCUCUAACCCCAACAAUAACAAUAAUAACAAUAAUAAUAAUAAUAAUCUUGCUAAUAAUAUUCACAACAAUAUUAAUAACAACCUCAACAAUAACAUCAACAAUAAUAUUAACAACAAAAAUUCCUCUCCAAAAACAAGAGUUGGUGAAGUCUCAAUCCCGAUUGACGAAUUUAUUACAAAUGAUAAUGCUUUUAUACUACCAUCUCAAAGUAUUUACGCCGAUUUACCCUUACCUCUAGAUCAAAAUUAUGGGUUUUUGGAUCUAAUAACCCCGUCUGUUCAAGACUCGAAUUUUAACAAUAAUAAUCAUAUAUCCAAUGUUAACAACAGCAUUAACAAUAUUAAUAAUUUUAAUAAUAUUUCCGCUGUCAAUAACCUUCCCAACAUUAAUUCCACAAAUGACAAUAAUAACAAUAAUAAUAACAACAAUAAUACAAACGCAAAUGUUUUCACUCUAAACAACUAUAACAGUCUUAACAACCUAAAUACUAACAAUUUCAAUAAUGCUCUAGUUAAUAACAGCACAAGUUCUAUCAACCUAUCUGGCCUAAAUAUUAACAACUCCUCUCAAAAUUUAAACAAUUUAAUGCAAUACCCUCAAAAUAUGCUACCAUUGUUUCCCUUGACCGAUUUGACUUCAAAUCAAAGCCAAUUUCAUAAUAAAAAAGAUAAAAACCCGUAAUCACUCAAUCAAUAAUUUAAUUUAUCUAUCUAUCAUUUUUGUUUUAUAGAAUAAAUUUAAUUAAUCCAACCCACUUUUAAUUCAUCAUACUAUUAUAGUUCUUUUCUAAUCAUUUAAACUCAUCCCAACUUCUUAUAUCCUUUUUGGUUGUUUUGGUUUUGGUUUUUUUUCUUUCAUUCCUUUGUUUAUUUGGAUUUUUCUAAAUUUUUUUAA